GUAAAACCCAUUUCAGCUCUCGGGGAGGGUGUGUGUGGCCCCCGGAGCGCCUGCCGGGCCUGCUCUCACCGCGCUGUUUCCUGCCCUGCCCGCAGCCCCCUCCGGACUCCGCUGAAAGUGCUGGACCUGGGCAACUGCGACCUGAACCACGCGGACAUGGCCUUCUUGGCGAACUGCACCCACGCCGCCCACCUGGAGGUGCUGGACCUCAGCGGGCACUGCCUGGUGGACCUGUUCCCCUCGACCUUCUUCCGGCUGCUGGGCCAGGCCGCCCCGACGCUGAGGGCCCUGACCCUGGAGGAGUGCGGCCUCGCGGACCGGCACGUGGGCGCGCUGAUCCUGGCCCUGGGCCCCUGCCGCCGGCUGCGGGAGCUCCGCUUCCUGGGGAACCCAAUGUCGGCCCGCGCGCUCCGGCGCCUCUUCGUGGCUCUCUGUGAGCUCCCCCGGCUGCAGAGCGUGGAGUUCCCGGUGCCCAGGGACUGCUACCCCGAGGGCAGCGCCUACCCCCAGGACGAGCUGGCCAUGUCCAAAUUCGACCAGCAGAAAUACAGCGCGAUCGCAGAGGACCUGCGCGCGGUGCUGCUGCGGGCCGGCCGCGACGACAUCCGGGUCUCCACGCCCCUCUUCGGAAGCUUCGACCCGGACAUUGAAGAAACGAGCAAUGAACUCGGAAAGCUCUUGCUGCAAGCCUUCAAAACUGCUCUGGAAAACUUCUCCAGAGCGCUGAAGCAAAUGGAGUAGGCCCCGGGCUGUACGAGGCGGGCGGCGGCGGGCGGCGGCGGCGGCGGCCCGGGCUGAGCCCCCGCCCCCGCCACCACCGAGGCAUCUCCUAGUGGCAGCUGCACGCGCAUCCUUCAGGCGCUCCGGGAGCGACGACCCUCCUCCCAGGAGCUGUGACGGAGCACAGCGCCCAGCACGGCGGUGGCGCCGGAGAAGCAGCCCGCGGCGGGCGGCCGUCCUGGUCACGGCGCCUCGGCAGCCGCGGGAGGUGCGGGCCGCAGGGAGCAGGGCGGGGGCCGGGGCGGCUGGACGACCGGCCGGCGUGAGCGGGGGAGGGAGUGAGAGGACACCUCCCGGGCACAGCGAUGAAAGCGCCCAGCUGAGGAGAGAGUAAAACCGAGGGCAAGCCGCAUCCCUUGCCGCAGCGGCUGGGUCCGGGGGUGCAGGGCGCCGGCCCGGCGCCCUCCCGUCGCGGGUGUGCGGCGCUGCCCUGUCUGGAUGUUUACAAACUCCCGUCUAGCGAGGACAUGGGCUUUGGUAGUUGACGGCUCUGCCCCUGCCCUCGGGCCAGUGGGCGGCAGGCGUGCGCUCUGCUGGUGCCAGGCUGAGCCCCGGGCUCCGGCGGCCUCUGGCUCUGAGGGCACGACCGCGGUGCCCCGCCCGCCGCCGCCGCCGCCCCCACUCCCACCUUCAGCGACUCUAGGCCCGGCGGGCGGGGUCUCCUGCUGCGGGGCGGGCGGGAAGGCUCCUCCGGGAAGCUGUCUGAGUCCUGGUGCUUGAGGAGUGGUUAAUGCCAACGUCUGGACUUGGUUUCUACUGAGAUCUGAUUUGUGCAGUGCUGAGUAUUAGGGUAAUUAAAUACUAAUAAAGUGUGGCUUAUUCAGAUGUGGUUUUCUUUCUUUUUCAAUCUAAUGGACGAAAAAAAUGUCUUGCAUUAAUUUGUAUUUCCCAGAUGUUCAUGAAACUGGGCAUGUCUUUUUCUUUUUUUUAAUAAAUUUAUUUAUUUGGCUGCA